AAGCGGCUUGUUUAGUUUCGAACCGACAGCCGGAGCGAGCGGACACCUAAGAACGAUGGGAAAAUUAGUACUUUACGGCGUAGAGGCCAGUCCGCCGGUGCGGGCCUGUAAACUGACCCUCGACGCUCUGGGACUUCAGUACGAGUACAAGCUGGUGAACCUGCUGGCCGGGGAGCACAGAAGCAAGGAGUUCACCCUGAAGAAUCCGCAGCACACGGUGCCCAUGCUGGAAGACGAUGGCAAGUGCAUCUGGGAGAGCCACGCCAUUUGCGCUUACCUUGUAAGGCGCUAUGCCAAGGACGAUGCUUUGUAUCCCAAGGAUUACUUCAAACGCGCUCUGGUGGAUCAGCGCCUGCACUUUGAGUCGGGCGUAUUGUUCCAGGGCUGCAUUCGUAAUAUUGCCGCUCCGUUGUUCUACAAAAACGAGACAGAGGUUCCGCGAUCCAAGAUCGACGCAAUCUACGAGGCCUAUGAUUUUCUGGAGGUCUUCAUUGGCAGUCAGCCGUACCUCUGCGGCACGGGCAUAACCAUCGCCGACUACAGUAUGGUCUCCUCGGUUUCCAGCCUUGUGGGCUUGGCCGCAGUCGAUGAGAAGCGCUAUCCCAAGCUGAGUGGCUGGCUGAACAGGAUGGCCGGACAGCCUAAUUAUCAGUCACUCAACGGAAACGGCGCACAGAUGCUGAUCGACAUGUUUAGCUCGAAGAUCACGAAGAUUGUGUAACUUUGUACUCUAGCUUAAAGGUUAGAAAUGAGAUUGUCUCUGGUUACGUAACAAUAAAGCUUCUAUUUGUAUACACUUUA